GAUGUGUCGUUUUUUAUUUUAUUGGAAGACUAUUUUUUUAUAGUUAAAGUUCUCCAGUGUUAGAUGCAGCUGUGAUGCCUCAGAAUCAGUCAAGAUAAUUAGGAUGAUUUAUAAUUUCAGCGCCUUUUGUUGUUAUCAAAUUUUCCCAGAUUUUUCAUUCGUUUAGGUUGAUUAGUGGGUCUUGAUGUAUGCACCGAAUUUCCAAGUGGCAAAUAAUAUGAAGUAUCGAGAUUUUGAUGCUAAAUCACCCUUAUAAUAUCGCUAACUGACAUAGAGGAAAACUUAACUCAAGAAGUAUUCUACUCACAAAAGCUGAAGAAAAAAAAGUGUGACAACUUAGAAAGUUGUUUAUUUGUGUACUUACGCAUCCGUGUUGUGUAUUAAGCGGCACUUGCUCGCAGUUACGUUCGAAAGUUGCGUGAAGCGUAAGUGGUUCUCGUCGUUGCCCCCAGAAAUGUUGGACGAAGAUUUGGAUGCUGCUGGUGCUGUUACGAGAGAGGAUAAGGCCCUGAUAGAGGAUUCUGGGGAGUCGGGGUAUCCCGUGUGGCGUACCAGGAAGCAUUCCUCGGGCGACCUGCACUCUCGUCUGAAGACCCGGAAGAUCUUGGGCGUUGGGGAGACCGAUAACGGCGACAUCCACAGGUCAAAGAUUUCUCAAGUCUUGGGCCACAAUGAACACCUAUAUGUUAAGCUGCCCCGUGGCUUCUGGAGCGCCCACGUUGUCAUCGGCGUCACGGUGACUAUAGAGGCCGCCCUCCUGCUUCUCACGCCCACUUGGGCUGCCAGCAUGGGCUUGAUGCCCCCUCUGGACGACGACGAUGCCACAUCAGCUUCCCGAAUGGCAGGAGCUGCCUUGGCAGGCCUGUGUGUAUUCGUCUGGUCUCUCCUGGGAACGUCUGACAAGCAUUACGCAAGAACCAUGUUGCUUUCCAUGCUCACGUACCACGUACUCGCGGUGUGUGUGGCAGGUGCAGCUGCAUUAACUGGGGAGAAUGGCGAAGGCACCAAGGGAAAUCGAUUGGCAGCCAUCACUGGAGCAAGGGCUACUAUGUGUCUUCUCUGUCUGGCAUACUUCUACUCCAUUGCUGGUUACACUCCCAUACGCGGCCAGAGACCAAUUGGCUUCCAGCAGCAUAGUCACAUCAACAAAGAACAUUGAAGAGUGGUUGCCAAGCAGUUGUCCCACUGAGGCUGAGACCUCUCCAGGAUAGAAAGGGAUUUUCAUGUCAAGAAUAGAUAGACAUGACAGGAGGGAGGGUUAAUACUAUUUCAUUGCUGAAAUGCCCAAUUCAUUGCUGAAGUAGAAUUUGGCUCACUGACAGUCAGUUGAUCAAAAAAAGGAGUUUAUUUAUUCAUUGAGAAUAAAUUACACUAGCUUUACUUUUUUGUGGAUAUACCCCUUUUAUACCAAAAUUUUAUAGGGAAAAACUGUCCACUUUAUUAAUGGUAUCAGAAUCUGUUGGGUGCCAUAUUGAUCAAAUAUGAUUUUAUAUAACUUGCAGGCAACAAAUAGUUAUCUGUGGAUUAGGGUCUUUGGUACUCAAGAAGUUAAUUUACUUUGUCAUCAAAGUUUGACAGUAGCAUCAAGAAGGCUUGGUAUAGUUGGAACCAUGCAUACAGUAAUUAAGAUCUUGCUAUCCCCUUCUUGAAGGUCAGUGGUUGCUUUUAAGUCUACAAAAUGGAUUUGGGUGCUGAAAUAGGGGGAAACAACUGCUGCUCACAAGGUAUUAAACCAAAGACAGGUAAUGGGUCAUAUGUUGAUGUGCUUUGAUGAAUACAAACUGAUUAAAUGUCACAAAUUUCCUUAUUCAAACUUUGGACAAGUAAGUUGGUUAUGCAUUCAUAUUAGAUUAUAUUUUCUUCAUUGAACAUACCACGCUGUUUCGGUUUUCAGUCAAGUAUUUGUGCAUUAUGUUGUAAUGUGUGGCUCCUGUUUCGUAAGUGUUACGUGGAAGUUCCAAUAUACAGUCAUCAAGACAAACUGGAGUUUAUGCAUGUACAGUAGAAAUUAAUGUUUUGCACAGCUUUUAUGAUAUAUAGGUACUUUAUUCAAGAUUCAUGAUUGUAUAUUGUUAUUUACAAUUUUAUAAUUACUAUUUAGGCUUCUGUCAGUCCUUGUUCUUUAGCUGCAGAUUGGUUAAGAGGACGUGAUAUCUCAGUAUGUUUUGCAUAGUUUAAUUUUAUGAUGUAUUCAUAAAUACAUGUGAACAAAUUUAGGCACUUUACUCUGUUUGGAAAGUUAGCAUCUGAAGGUCAGUUUCAGUUUAUUAAACAAGUGCUAAUGCAGUAUGUUAUAAUUCUUGGAAUGUAACAUUAUCAUAAAACAGGUAAGUCUGGAUGCAUAGUACAGUACAGCAUUGUUCAGUAUAGGUAUCAGUUUUUCCUGUGAAAGUCUUAACCUUCAAAAUACCUGUGUGGUACUCUUGAAUCACAACUUUUUAUUUUUGACUUUGCAUUGGGGAGUGCAAUGCACUGUAGUUAGAAUUCAGGAAAUUUAGUAGUGCAGUACACUGUAUUUGUACAUCUGUAAUCAUGACUGUAUUGUGCAUUAGUUUAAUAAGCAAUCUGUAAAACUUUCAGUUCUUGAAGCUGUUUAGUAUAACAGAAUUAUAUUGUAGAGUUUUAGUUUUUAGUAAUAUUUUCUAUAUGUCUCAAAAGAUGACCAAUGUGAUUUAAAAAUUACAUUAAUAAGUUCUUAAUGUCUUCUAAUUUUAUUCAGUAGUUUAGAAUUGGUUGAAAUUGAACAAUAGAUUAUUUCCAUAGUGUAAACAAAAUGUUACAACUGAACCAACAAGUUUCUGCAGUACAUAUUACAGCGUAAAACAAUAAAUAAAAAACAUUUUAAGCUAAAUAUUACAGUCCUUGGUCAGACCAAACCUUGCGGUUAGUAUUGACAAGCAAAAAUAUUUUUGUAUCAUGUUCUCUUUACCCAAAUUCUCCUUAUUUACUUUGCAGUGCAGUAUUGUGUUACAAUGUAUGUAGUAGAUGAGGAUUUUGGUGAAACUUGAACUUUUUCUUAGUAAUUUUUAUUUAAAUUUUCUUUUAAUAUUUAUUUUUGAGUGGAACACAGAAAUAUUGAUGAAAUGUAACAAGAUUAUCUUAGUCACCAUCAUGAACUUAUUCAUCAGCAGCUUUGCCAAGGAUAAGUAUAAAAAUGGAACUUCUGGUCCAUAGUCUUACCACAGGGUUGCAGAAGUAGCAGAAGCCAAGUUAAUUGUAGACAUAUUGGUAAUUUCCAGAGUGCUCAGCAACAUGGGCAAAGACGGGCUCUAAUCAAACUAGCCAUGUCCUUUGCAUCCAACUGAUGGUGCAGAAUGAAAUUACGUACAUUUUUUCAAUUCUCUGUAUUCUUGGCUUGUAAUGAAUAUUUAGCUCUUGAAUGCUAGCUGCAAGGCUGAUGUAGGUACUCAAGGACUUGCGUAAACUUAUAGCCUCCGAAGUUUUUCUGACUUUCAGCAGAAAUUAAUAGAGCUUUAAAGGUUGAUUCUUGAACUUAAAAUUUACUACAACGUGACUCGCCAUUUUAUCAUCCAGACAGAACUCGGAUGUUUAAGAUAUUUUCAAAGAAAAUAGGGACUGAGGAGUGAUAACGGAGUUCUGUUUGAGCUGGUAAUAUGAAGAUGCCACAUUCAAGCUUGUUGCUGUUUCUUCUACAAAUUGGACAAGUCAUAUAAAGUUUAUAUUAAUAUAUUUAUAUAUCAGUAGGAUAAGAAGGAAUAUCUGACACUUCUUGUGUACUAUAAGAAGCUUUAGAUAUGUACGUAUAACCCUUUCAAAUAUAUGUUUGGAUAUGAAUAUAAAUUUUCAACAUUUAGUGUUAGUUGGUGACUUAGAACAUAUUUUCUGUAUCACUAAUCAAUAUACUAUGGGAAUAUAUGUGAUGGAUAUAGAACUUGACAUUAAUGAUUAGGAGGUUCCGGUAGACUAAAGGAUUUACUCUCCCCAUCCUUGAUGACAUUUAAAGGAUACCUGGAGUAUUUUGGCAGUGCAUGGCUUGUGAGUUACCACUUUGAAUUAUUCAAGCACAGCAAUGCUGCCUUAAUUAAGAGUACUUAAAAUUGUUUUAAGCUUAUUGCAAAUUGCCAAAUGAUUGAAUCCAUCACAGUUUUGAUAAAAAUAAAAAAAGUAUGAAGAUAUUCUUGUAGUGGAUAAGGAAGGGGAGGGUUCUUCCCAGGGGUAGAAUGCACUGGAUAAUUAAUACUGAGCCCUUUGAUGAAGACUAAAAGAGUAACAAACCCUGGUUACACCUGUACAUAAAUCUGCGGUGAAUGUAAACUGCACGUAAUCCAGUGGGAACAUGUUUAUAUAUGUAACUGUAUCCAUAAUUUACUUUGCAAGAAUAACUUUGAGCUUAAAAGAAUGUUGAAGUUUCAUCUUGUGCAGCAUAAUCACUGUAUAAAAGAUUCUGAAGUACUUAUGCGGUGACAUUUAGCAUUGACAGUUAUAUGGUCUAUCAUAAAACGGAGAAAAAGACUUUUUGAUUAAUAUGUACUGUAUAUUUAAGGUGGGGUUGUUUCCACCAUGCAGGAUAACUUAUUUAGAAUUAUACUUUUGCAUUAUACUGUUUCUAUUUCAUAAUCAAAAUAGUUUUGUUUUCUUUUAUUUCUUAUAUGAUUAGGGUAUAUAAAGUGAUAAUUUAGUGUUUAACAUAUGUAUUAUUACGUUCAGUGUUAAUUUGUUUAAUUUUAAGACAUUUUAUCAUUCUGUCAGUCAUAAUCAUUAUCAUUACUAGAAUUCCGUAAAGCUUAUGAAUAACUACCCCAUAAUAAAAUGACUUUUCAAUGAAAAUCAUUCCAUAUUUUUUUAUGUUGUAUAACACACACAGUAAUGAAAAAACAAAUUGGUAAGGACGUCAAAAUUGUAGCUGAUAUAUUGCCAAACCUUAAAUUCCAGUGUUUUAGUUACUUUUGAAAAUGUUUUAGUUUAUAGGUUACAUUGUACAUAUUACGUAUCUGGAAAAUCAAGUAAAAUAUUGCAACAGCAAGCUACGAUUGUGGAAAGACAGUAUCUGGAGAAUACUGUUAAAUCUUAGUCAGUAAAGUUAAUUCAGCUCUUUAGUACAUUACUUGAGUGAAACACUUCAUGAAAAACAUGACACUAAUUAUCUUCACUUUGUCUCUCAUAGGCACAUGAUUACAUCAAUAGGUGGCAUUGAAAAUGUAUAGCAUAGCAGUCACAGUAUGUCGUAUUGGUGUGUGUCACCUCCCUUAGUGUUUAUAGCAUGCCCUGACUGACCUCCUUUGGGUAAUAGGAAUCGCCAUCAUCUUCACUACACUUGUCAUAAUUCCGUCUUUCGUCAUUAUCAAGUUGGCAUAACAAAAGUGCAUGGGUAGCCUACAUGAGUGAUAUAGUGCUAGAUACUAUAUACUUAAAUGAAACAUUACAUUAAUAAAGACCAUACAUCAAACAUGCAGAUAAUGAGCUGACUUUGUUAUGCCUUGAUAAUUACAACUGAUGGUUGUAACUUCAUUUCUGAAUUAAGAUUAUGACUCACUGUCAGAUGAACCAAUACACAUAUACAUGUGUACACAGCUUUUAAAUUAAAGAUAUGUGAAUUAAUGUGAAAUUCUUUAUUUUACUGUACAAACACUUGUUCAGUCCUUCAUAUCAUGAUUGUUAUAAAAAUUAUUCUUUGUAAAUAAAAUAAAAUUGGACGUAACAUGAUUCAUUAAGUAGUGUAACUCGCUUAUACUGUGCGUAAAACAACGUGAAAAACACAAAAGUGGCAUUAGUCUGGGAAAUUAUUACUAUGAGAAACCUUCCACUAAGAACGAAUUGUGGAGAACACUUCAGGUAUGCAAUAUCUGGAGUUUGCAUGCACUCUGAUUUUGUUGGGAAGCAUGUAAAACAGGUGUUAUUAUCAUAAACUGCAAGUUUCAAAAUAUAGUUUGAUUAUGAAGAUGACUUGCUAAAUUAAUUUCUCAUUACAAUUGAAUAUUUCAGUUUAGCAUACUGUAGAGCGAGAUUGCACAUACUUUUUUUAUGUAGAGAAGGGGUUUAGACCAAUAAACUUCAGUGUACAUCCAUAAUUUCGGGUAUACAGAGUUACAGUAUUUCAUAUAAAACUCCUGAUAGAUUAUAAAUGUACCACCUCCCUCCCUCUCUCUCUCUCUCUCUCUCUCUAUCUCUCCAUGUUCAAAUGUUUUCAAAAAAUUUUUCACACAAACUAAAGAUGUAAAACAGACUGUAGUUUUACCAAAUAAAAGUGGAAGCUAAA